AUGUCUCAGCAAAGAUCAUCUUAUUACCAUGCUCCCGCCCGCCGAUUCUCUUCCCGCCGCAUACGACCUUUCGUCGCGUCAAUAGCAGACAUUUUCGUCGGAUCGCUCGUCCUUGCAGGAUUUUGCAGUGAGCAUGCACCACAGCGCCGUCAUUUUUCCAUGGUCUCGUCGAGGGUAUCGGAAGUGGAGCUGCGAAGACCACGCGCCAAUGCGGUUCCGGGUCCUGGAAGGAGGCAGCUGGCUGCAGGAAAACGCUGGGGACAUUUGGGUCCUGCCAUGCAACCAUCACGGUCUCGGUCCUGGGUCAGCGCGGCUCUCCUUCCAAUAGAGGAAGACAGUCAAUUACCCGAAUCCGCACUCAGAGACUCGCCGUUUACGAAACAAAAAGGGGCGAAGGGCGAACCAGAUGGGCGUGCUUCGAGGAGAAUGACUGGUGAGGUGUCGUAUUCUUCCAAAUGGCCCCAGUUGCUCGACUCGAUAUUGGAUCCCGAGAAUACGACUGGCCAAGACAGGGAUCUUACCCCAAUCGCGCUCUCGGGGGAUUCAGAAGUGCUUCCGGCCUCGGAGGACCAAGCAGGCCUAUCAUUUGACGAACGAAGGCAUCGCAUAAAUUCCAACCUCUAUCGUCGUAUACUAGGCGAUGACUACGAAUGGACAGAGCCGAUGGACGUUGUGUUUCCGAAGGAGCAGGUGCAAGCCAAACGAGAGGCGAAAGAACUGCUGGAGAAUGAACUAGGCUCCCACAGACUCUCGGUCGCCAAGUUGAUUCACGUCCUACACCACGAAAAGUCUCCAUCCACUGCAUACCUCUUUCGUCUGUACAGGGAUCUUCCUGCGCCUGGAAUCGCAAGUCUACCACGCAAGAUCCGCGGACAACUUCUGCGUGUCUUCGCCAAAGCUCCAAAUCGACGGUGGGCCGAUGCACGGCGCUACCUUGCCCUUGUGCAGGACAUGAUCGCUUCAGAUAAGAGCAUGUCUCGAUCAAUGUGGACCUCUGCCGUGCAUUUUGCGAGUCGUGGGAGUGGCAAGAUCCAGAAACGUGAUCUCGUGCGUGCGAUCGGCGUCUGGCAGCAGAUGGAGCAUGUGGCGGGGAUCGAGGCUGACGAUGUGGUUUUCAAUAUCCUCUACGAUGCAGCGAUUAAAGCUGGCCAAUUCACAGUGGCUGACAGGCUAGAGAACGAAAUGAGGAGGCGCAAUGUCAAGUUCACUCGGUUUGGCUUGGUCGCCAAGAUUCAUUCGGCUGGCGUGCGAAGAGAUUUGGACGGCAUUUCAAACCAAUUCCAGAGUUUUAUUCAGGCGGGAGAUCUAGUCGACACUGUUGUACUGAACAGUUUGUGUUCCGCAUUCAUCAGAGCAGGGGAUCCCUCGGCCGCAGAGCAACUCUAUGGCCGUAUGAUCAGCGCGCAGCGGGCGAAGAAGAGCCCGAAACGUUCGCUGACGACCAACGCCAAUCGCGUGGUAUUCGAGCAUUCGCUGUCCUCAGUCUUUUCCAAAUACCGCACAGACAGUCGAGCAUUCGGCGAUUUCCUCAAGCGUUCGCAAGCUCUCAUGCUUCAAUCUCCAAAGCAUCACCAGGCCUUGCAGGAUUCAAUCCCGAUGACCCCCGAUACUCGAACGUUCUACAUCUUUCUUCGGUAUUACGCGCGCCAAAGUGGUGAAUUUGACAAGGUGGCAAUGGUUCUCCGUGACAUGGAGCACGCUUUUGACGUACCUCCCAAUCAGAUCGUCUACAUGAUGCUGUUCGAGGGGUUCGCAAUCCAUGGCCUUCACAAGAGCGCAUGGUCACCUGAACGUCUGCGCCACGUCUGGCAUGCUUAUCUGCGGGCUUUGCGCACAUCCAAGGCAAGACUGGACGCGCAACAGCGCAACCGUGUUCCGCGGAAAAUGGAAUGGGAGAAUCCCCUCGCCAAGGCCAUGCAUUUGGAAGACGAGCUGGACGCGUCUGUGGCCAACAGCACAGAUGAAUUUUACACGAAUCUGCCAUCAGCGAGCGACGAGCCAGUGCCUGAACAGUCCAGUACAUCCAUGCCUCCAGAUGAGACUGCCUCUGAUGGCUUGGCUGAGCAUGAUCAUCGAUUGACCAAAGACAAGUCUGGAUCAUCCGGGCAGCUUGAUCCUAAUGAUCUUAGCGAGACAUCCACUGCAGCCUCUCGAGAAAGCAUGUCAAUCUCUGACAUUGACCAACCCUUGCCGAUCAGUCUCGGUUUGCACCACCAUGACGAUCUUGAUAAGCAUUUGGAGAAUGGUGUUUUUGUGGGCCGCAAGAUGAUCGGGAUUAUCUUGCGCGCAUUUGGUGCCUGUUUUGGCCCCAAGGAGGUCAUGGAGGCUUGGCUGCAAUUGGAACGUCUCUGGCACCCACACCACCGCAAGGCAGCCGAUGUGAUAGCUGUCAAGGAAGAGCUUGACAAGCAAUUGUCUCGAGGACCGCGUCCGAAGCUGUAA